AGCGCCGACUGUUGCCGUGGCCAGGAUCUUGUGAAGGCAGUUCUCCAGUAUGCCCAUUGCAUCAUUUUUUAUGGGUGUGUGAAGGAGUUGUGAAAGCAGGCAACCCUCGCAGUCUGGCCACCGACAAGCUUUCCAAACGUUGGCUGUCCUGAAGCGGCCAUUCGGCGACGGGCUAGCGGCGCGUCAGCAGCGACAACCGAGUUCCCGAGUCGGCGCGCGCCGGGCCAUGAGCUGGCAGGUGUUGGCGAGCCCGGAGCUUCUGGUGCUGGCCGCAGCGGCGCUGACGGCGGUGCUGCUGGUGCUCGCGAGCGCGCUCAAGCUGUACGCCUCCGUGGGCAAGGGGAAGUGCACCAGCUCCGCCGACAUGCGCGGCAAGGUGGUGGUCGUCACCGGCGCCAACUCAGGUAUUGGCAAGGAAACUGCUCUGGAACUAGCGAAGAGAGGUGCGAAGGUGAUAAUGGCGUGCAGGAACAUGGAGACCGCUGAGAAGGCAAGAGAGGAGAUCGCGAGGACCUCGGGCAACCAGCAGGUGGUCGUCAGGCAGCUGGACCUCAGCUCGAUGCAGUCCGUGCGGGGGUUCGCCGAGGCGCUGCGCAGGAGCGAGCAGCGGCUGGACGUGCUGGUGCACAACGCCGGCUACGCCAACACCUUCAGCAAGCAGGUGACGGGCGAGGGUCUGGAGGUCACCAUGGCCACCAACCAGCACGGCCCGUUCCUGCUCACCCACCUGCUCAUUGACCUGCUGAAGAGCUCGGCGCCCAGCAGGAUAGUGGUGGUGGCCUCGGAGUUGUACCGGCUGGCGGGCCUCGACGUGGCCAACUUGAACCCGGUGCGCGGGCUGCCGGCCUACCUCUACUACGUCUCCAAGCACGCCAACAUCGUGUUCGCCCUCGAGCUCGCCCGUCGCCUCCAGAACACCGGCGUGACAGUGAACUGCCUUCACCCAGGAAUGAUCGACUCGUCGAUUUGGAGGAAUGUACCAUUUCCGCUCAACUUACCGGUGAAAGCUAUCGCCAAGGGCUUCUUUAAGACUCCGAAAGAGGGAGCACAAACUACAAUCCACUUGGCGGUGUCUGAGGAAUUAGAAGGCGUAACUGGGAAGUACUUCAUGGACUGCAAGGAACACCAACUGUCGGAUGCUGUAAAGGACCCGAAUAAAGGAAAAAAGUUCUGGGAGGAGAGCGAGUUGUUGGUGAAACUCAAAGAGGAUGAUCCUCACAUAUAGACACGUUCGAGCUCAGAUGAUGGAUUCUGUCGCCUCGUGAAGACGACACUGAUCCGUUGCAAAACAAACAAAAAAAAAGUGUCCUGUAAUCUGUUUGUAACUCAGGGAUACGUUGUAUUACAGUUUUUUUAUAAAUAAAA